ACUGGAAACUAGCCAAGAAAUCUAACCCCGUUUCUAGCUCCGCCUUGCACGGGCGGUUGACGGCCCUCUCCGGUCGCCGCGCCCACCCAUCGUUUCCUCAUCCCUGUCCAGCCAAAAUCCACCACCGUGGUCUCCUCCCUCGGAAUCCCGAUGGCGGAGGCGCUGCUGCUGGCGUGCCACCUUCUCCUCGCGCUCGCCCUCAUCGCCGCCUCCCUCUCCCAUCUCCUCGCCGCCGCCGUCGCCCAUCUCUCACCCGCGCACACCACCACCACCACCACCAACCGGCUCCGUCUCCUUCGCCACCCGCUCCUCCGCCUCCUCCCGGUCCUCGCCGCCCUCCCGUUCCCAUUCCUCCCCGUCGCGCCCACCUCCCGCCUCCUCCCCUUCCUCCUCCUCCCUCCCCUCCUCCUCCCGCUCCCACUCCCCUUCCUCCACCUCCCACCCCUAACCCCGCUCUUCCUCUCCCUCCCGCUCCUCCUCCUCGCGCGCGCCGCGGGCCUCCUCGCCGCCGCAUUCCCCGCGUCGGACCUCCAGGCCCACGCGCUCUCCGUCGCCGCCCUCCUCCUCGCCGCCGCCGGCGCGGCCUCCCUCCUCGCCGCGCUGUCCCCGCCAAGAACCGCCCACCACUUCUUGGCCCAGACGGCCUUCGCCUUCGCCGGCACCGUCGGGGGGCUCUGGGCCCUCCAGACCGGCCUCACCCUCUACGUCGACGCCUGCGUCCCCGUCGGCUGCCACCGGCUCAUCGACGCAGCCCUCGCGCCAGCGACGCGCUGCGACGUUGAGGACGCCAGGCUGCAGGGCGUGGCGGUCAUGGACCUCAUGCUCUCCGUGCAUUGCCUCGUCGCGGCGGCUGCUGUGUCCGGGCUGUAUCUCGGGGUCGCAAAGUGCUGCGGCGUUGACGCCGGGGGUGCGGCCGUGGGCAUGGGGAUGGGGACAGGUCGGAGACAGAAUGGUUCCUAUGAGGCCCUGCCCAUGGUGACUUCAUCGGGGGCCAUCCAGGAGAUGGAGCAUCUACCAAUGAUGAAGGGCGUCGUUGGCAAGGCUGUGGCACAGGAAUGAGUACUUGCACUUGCACUAACUAACUAGGUACUACAUUGUAAUUCUCUGGAGUAAUGUGAUUCUGCUCACUUGGCUAUAUGUGCCUGAAAGAGUUUUUCACACGAAUUGCUGAUCAUUAGUUGCUAGGGAAACUCUCUACUGUAAUCUGCUAUUGAUGUUGUCUUGUCAAGUUGGCGAAUGGUGCCCGAUCUAGACCAUUAUUGUAGAUCAUUCCACCAAUCGUAUUUCUUUCUCGUUUUUACAGUC